AUGAAUUUAACAGCUUUAAACGACUAUUUGUAUAACGAGUCGGAUUUCUUGGAAAAUUCAGUCUUCACAAAGUCAGAAGUGACCUGCGAUGCUUCAAACUUUCUAUACAACUCAAGUUUCGGAUUUCACACUGCAAUUCCCGAAUGGGAGGCACUGGCCACAGUGUCAAUACUGUGCACGGUAAUUCUAGGUACGGUAUUUGGAAACAUCCUAGUAAUACUAGGUGUAUUUACUCAUAAACCUUUAAGAAUAGUACAGAACUUUUUUAUAGUUUCAUUAGCAGUAGCUGAUUUAGCAGUUGCGGUAUUGGUGAUGCCGCUUAAUGUUGCCUAUUCCACAUUUGGACGAUGGCUGUGGGGUAAACAUUUGUGUAAGAUGUGGCUCACGUCCGAUAUAAUGUCCUGCACUUCGUCAAUUCUAAAUCUCUGUGCCAUAGCACUAGACAGAUAUUGGGCAAUAACAGAUCCCAUAAAUUAUGCACAUAAAAGAAGCUUAAAAAGAGUAGUUUUACAAAUAGCAGGAGUAUGGAUUGUAUCUCUUAUCAUAAGCUCUCCACCUUUGCUUGGCUGGAACGAUUGGCCGGAUGAGUUUACAACUGAAACCCCGUGUCAACUAACAUCCGAGCCGAGUUACGUUGUCUAUUCUUCGUUUGGAUCAUUUUUUAUCCCAUUGGUAAUAAUGACGAUCGUUUAUUACAAGAUAUACGCAGCGGCUAAGCAAAGAUUGCGACGCCGAAAUUUAGCAGCUCGGAUUUAUAGGAGAAGGCCAGUGAUCAACGUUGAAGAAGAGAGCCAAGAGAAUAAAGAAGAAUCAGAAAAUGAAUCCGAUAGUGGAGAAAGUGUAAAUCAACGCCACAGAAAAACUUUCAUGGACAUUAAAAAGAACUUUUUCAUGCCUCUUCUGUUAUUAAAUGAUCCAAUAACUCGACAGGGAAUAGAAUUCGAUAUUCAGCAGGUGACAACAGAGAGUUGCAAGAGAAAAAUGGUUGGAUCUAUAAAGAGAAUGAGCCAAAAGAAGUCAAAAAAAGAGAAACCAUUGUUGGCCAGUGUUAAUAAAAGCGGUGAUGUGGUUCAUCAGUUUAUUGAGCAAAAACAAAAGAUAUCCUUGUCGAAGGAACGUCGGGCUGCUCGGACACUCGGAAUCAUAAUGGGAGUCUUUGUGAUUUGUUGGCUUCCAUUCUUCUUAAUGUACAUGCUAUUGCCUUUUUGUCCAUGGUGUUGCCCAAGCAACAAGCUCAUAAAUUUCAUAACGUGGUUAGGUUACGUGAACUCUACGGUUAAUCCGAUUAUUUACACAAUUUUCAACUUGGAUUUUCGUAAAGCCUUUAAAAAGUUAUUAGGAUUUGGAGAGUGA